AUGGAAAGGCAACCUUCCAUUGACAAUGAAACAAUUGAAAGAAAAAAGCAAAACAGGCGAAAAUGGCUUCCAUUAUGCACGUACAAUGAUAAGAAUGAUGCUAUUAAGAAAAUCAAGGAUGAUGGUAUAUGGAGCAAAACACAUACGAAUAUCACCAACGAAGGAAAACGGACUUAUUAUAGGUGUAACCAAGUUAAACGACGUGGAAAACAAUGUCCAGCUAGUAUUCAUGUUUUAUAUCAUAGUGAAAAUGAAUGUGUUACAAUAUACAAAACAGAAGAUGAUCAUUUACAUAACGAAUCAAGAUCUAUUGGUAUUAAUCAACAAUCAAAAGAAGUAAUAUGCGAAUUAUUCAAAAUGAAAAUCAAACCAAAACGUAUACUAGAAAUAUUAGAUGAAAAAGGUCUACCUGUUCCCAAAAAACGACAAUUAUCAAGUUAUUUAAUAUCAUUAAGAAAAAAAUAUUAUGGCGCUCCAACUAUUAGCUUAGGUGAACUUGAAGCUUGGUGCCAACAAAAUUCAUUAAUACCUGAUGAUAAUGACAAACCUUGGGUAUUAAAGUAUCAGAUUGAAUAUGAAGAUGAAAUUGAUAAUGAUGAUGAUAAUGACAAUGGUGAUCAUAAUGAUGAUGAUGAUAAUAAAAAUAAAUUUCGAUUUUUUGUUACUACUAAAAGACUAUUAUUUAAUGCAAGUAUUUCGAAUAAAAUUCAUAUUGAUACUACUUACAAGUUAAUUUGGCAAGGAUUUCCUUGUUUUAUUAUUGGAACCACUGAUAUGAUUAGACAAUUUCAUCCAUUUGGAUUUGCUGUGUGUUCUAAUGAAAAACAAAAUGAUUUUGAAUUUAUAUUUAAUUGUCUUCGUGGUGGAUUACUUAAUUUAAACUUACAGAUGAAUGAACAAGAAUUAAUACUUAUUGCAGAUGGUGCUGAAGCCAUUAGUAAUGCAUUUUUAAAAGUAUUCGGAACUGAUCAUAAUGUUGUAAUGUGUUGGUUUCAUAUGCGGAAAAAAGUUGAAAAAAAGUUACAUUUAGUCGAAGAUAAAGCAUUACAUGAUGACAUUAUGAAUGAUAUUGAAACAUUACAAUUGUCAACAAAUAAAAAUGUAUUUGAUAUUGCUACUAUAUUAUUUUUAAAAAAAUGGAAGAAUGAAGAAAACUUUAUUCAAUAUUUUUCAAAUGAAUGGUUAAAUUCAAAAAAUGGAUGGUUUGAAGGCUUAGCAACGCAUGUUCCAAGCACGAACAAUGCAUUAGAAGCCACGAAUCGUGUAAUUAAAGAUGAAGAUACAUUGAGGGAACGAUUAGUUUUAUCAAGAUUUACAGUGGUUUUAUUUUCUAUCGUCAAUAAAUGGUCAAAGGAACGAAAUCCCACUCUUAUUAAUUCAAAAAAAUUCGAACAUCAACCAUUAAUUACAUUACCAAUAUGGACUGAUGCAUACAAUUGGGUUAAGCUUAACAAAGCUGUUAUAUCGAUUUGUAAUGGUGACACAACAAUUUAUUAUUUACCUGCUGGUGAAGAAACUAGAAUAACAGAUAAAGAAAUCAAACGAUAUGAAAAUUGCAGGUUUAAUUCAUUUCACACGUACAAGUCUGUUUACUUCAAUAUAUGGUGCGUAUGUUUAUCUAACAAUCCUGAAAAAUGGAAAGAAGCAACAUGUACCUGCCCAUCAUUUAUGAAAAAAUUUAUUUGCAAGCACACGAUUGGUAUAUCAAUUAGAUUAAAAUAUUGCAAACCUCCACCUGAAGCAAAAAAUGUGACAAUCGUUCCAAUAGAUGUAAUAACUCAACGUUUAAUGAUAACUCAUUCAUAUAGUGGUAUACGAUUAAAUGAUGUUAUUCGUCAAAUAUAUAUUCAAUCAGGUGAUGGAUUUCGGGGAUUUUAUAAAGGUUAUUUAAUUACAUUAGGAAUGUCUCUUCCAUUUAAUUCAAUUGUUUGGACACUUUAUUGGAAAAUUCAAUCUAAUUUAGAAAAAAUUCUUCCCACAAACUUUGAUUAUAUUAUAAGUCCAUUAUCAUCAACAUUAUCUGUUCUAUUAACAUCAUAUUUAACACAACCAAUUGAUGUUUUAAAAACACGUUUACAAGUUGCAUUUAAAAGAGAAACAAUUUUAAAUACAUUUAUUAUUCUUAUUAAACAAAGAGGUUUUAAAGGACUUUUUUCGGGUUCAAUAGCUCGAGCAUCAAUUAUUAUGCCCAAUACAGUUAUUAUGAUGUCUCUUUAUGAAAUAAUUAAACGAGCUUCAAUCAAAUCUAACAUAUAA